AUGCAUAGUAGUAUGUUGAAUGCAGAACAGGCAGAUCUUCAUGCUCAGAUGUCUAUGGGACCGAGCCAUUUAGGUCCCAAUGUUUCCAACUAUGGAUUACCUCCAUCCCUCGGCGGCCCUCAACAGGUUGCUCCUAAUAUGCUCUGUCCGGGAGUGAUGGCUCAGGGAACAAACUCUCAAACUACAUCAUCAGCACAAGCAGCCCAUCAGUUAACGUCCUUAUCAUCAGGAUUGAGUUCAUCGAUGGCCUCUCCUUCCUCCUCCGGAUUGCAUGAUCCAACCAAUCCAUUACAUCAGCCCUUACGCUUACCAGAAUUGAAUUCGUUGAAGCACGGGAUGCUUUCUGGAUUGAACUAUCAUCUCUGA